AUGCCUUUAGCAUAUCGAGUGAGAUUCGCCCGUACCGGCAAGACUGUUUCGGCGGAUUUCAUGGCAAAUGCUGCCCGUCAAGAAAGUCAAGGCCGCUGCAAGAGUCGAAGUGGCUGUCAAGAAUGCAAAGCUCGGAAGGUAAAAUGCGACGAGACAUUCCCAGUUUGUGACCGUUGUAGGCGAAGAGGUGCUAUUUGCAGAAAGCCAGUCGUCUUUUCGAACCAUGGUUUUCCAACGCCGUGGUUGGCAACAAACUCCUUCACCUCAGUACUAAACCUCCUCCCUACUGCCAACAAAGAGGUACUCAAAUGGUGGCUACACCAAGCAAGCCAUAUCCUGGCCUUUGAACCUGAUUCCAAUCCAUUGUCUUUUCCUAUUCUUCGCCAUCUCCUACUUUCUCCGGCUCUUCUCCAUGCUCUACAGAGUCUAAGUGGAGCGCACCAGUCUUAUUUUGAACGAUCCUGCAUCCCAGCAUGCCUCGAAGAGCGCAGCAAAGCUCUGAUCCUCGUCAAACACGAGCUUCAAUACCGCACUGUGCCACUUAUGACAAGUUUCUUGUCGGUUUUCAUCCUAGGCGUGGCUUCCCCGUGGCUGUAUAGGGAAAUGCAGGAUGAUUUUGGGCACGCUCACAUAAAGGGCGCCCGUGCAAUACUCGAGCUAAUGGCAGAAGAACAGCACACAGAGGACGAGAGCUCUCUGAAGUUGGCACUGGGCUACUACUUGUACUGGGAUAUGCACACGGCAUUCCUUGUUCCGACUGCGCAGGUGGAGCCACUAGAUACUCCCACGAUGAGCAGUCUGGUUGCACGUUUCAAGGACUACGAUCACCCUCUCGCUGGAUGCUCCAUUGCCUUGCUCUAUCAGCUUGGUAUCAUGGGUCGAUAUUGCCGCGGUGUGUUGGAUACUGGCGACCACGAUUACAAUUAUGAAGACUUGAUUGAAGAAUUCUUGCUCAACUGGCAACCUACUUCGCUGGACACUGACGUGGGUGCGCUGAGUCGAGCCUACCAACUUCAAGGCUUGAUCCUGCUUUACCGAAUAUGUGGUCGACCGAGCGCGCGUCAUUUGAGCGAUGAAGUCACCCUGGAUCUACAGCUCGAGACUGAUUUACUCAUACAAAGUUAUGUGAAAGAGCUGUUGGAGUCAUUGACACAAACGCCUUUGUCUAAGCCUGCCGCCAUCUUUUAUGGACUUGUCAUGGUGACAGCGGGAGCUGAAUUGGGGGAAGCGGACACCGAGUUGCGAGCGGCAGUUAAGCAACGCCUCAAGGCCAAUUACUCCUGUGUGCGAGUCACCACUGAUUUAUGGGCCAUCGUUCUGCUAGAGGAAGUGUGGUCAUUGAGAGCCGCAGGUAUCAUGAUCACCCCGUUGGAAUUGAUGCUCCAGCGCAACUGGAUGCUCAGCAUGGCCUAA